GAAAGAUUCAUCAGCUGUAGGGUUGCUCCGAAACGUGAUCGCUGGAAGACGCGUAUAUCUCUCCGUUUUUUUCCGAAAAUUAAAGAGGAAAAGUUUUGAUUCAGUAUGGCGGCCAACUUAACAAGGCGCCUACCAACACCAAAUCAUCAUGGAUAUAGUGUCAAGUUUUGCCCCUUCAACAGAGAUAUUAUUGCAGUUGCGACAGCACAGAAUUUUGGUUUGUCUGGUGGAGGAAUGUUGGUAGUAAAAAAUCUGAAUGCACCUGGUGAUGGCACAGUUAGCACAUGUGUAUGGGCAGAUGGACUUUUUGAUUUGACUUUUAGUGAACAAACACCAAACUGCAUUGUCACAGCCUCAGGGGAUGGUUCCCUGCAGCUAUGGGAUAUAACAAAAUCACAGGCCCCUAUAAUGAUCUACCGUGAGCACCAAAAGGAAGCAUACAGUUUAGACUGGACUCAGACUAGAGAUAGUCAGCUCUUUGUGUCUUCGUCAUGGGAUGGAACUAUAAAACUGUGGGAUCCAAAUCGAGAGAAAUCCUUGUUGACAAUGCAGGGUCAUGAAACCUUAGUAUAUCAGGCUGUAUGGUCACCACACAUCACUGGGUGUGUUGCUUCAGUGUCAGGUGAUCAAACAUUAAGAAUAUGGAAUACCAAGAAAGACACCAGACCUGUAAUGACAAUAAGAGCUAAUCAGGGAGAAGUGCUUACAUGUGACUGGUGUAAAUAUAACCAAAAUAUCCUUGCUACUGCUGGUACUGAUUGCAAGAUUUGUGGAUGGGAUCUUCGACGACCAGGAGAACCUGUUUAUGUACUUCAGGGUCAUGGGUAUCCUGUACGCAGAAUUAAAUAUUUUCCAUUUGCUGAAACCCAGCUAGCUUCAGUAUCCUAUGACUUAACAACAAGAAUAUGGGACCAUUCACUACCAAACCCCAGCUUAUCUGUUUUGGAAACCCACAGUGAAUUUGUCUAUGGCCUAGAUUUUUCAAACCAUGUUGAAGGAUUACUAGCAGACUGUGCUUGGGAUCAGUCAGUUGGUAUAUACAAUGUUUUUAAACCUGGGAAAUCAGGACCACCUACAUAUGGAGGUGCAACAUGAUCAUUCCGCUUUGUGGAGUGCACCGAAAGGAUAGUUUCUUAUACACUAGUAAGAAAAUGUGCAAUUUUUAAAAGAUGUUUCGAGUUACCGAAGGAGAUUUAUAUAUAAUUCUAAUUUUGAUUUUCCAUUGUUAAUUAUCCUAUACAGAGUAAGACAAGUUUGUAUGAAAUGCUUCCAGAUAUGUCAAUUGUAGAAUGCUGACCAGACUCUGAUAGUAUCAAGAACAAAAUAUGGUUUUAGCCUCAAUUAUUAAUAAUGAUGGCAAGCAAUUCUUACCAAGCAGACCAUAAAGAUUAGUGAGAUAAACACAAAGAAUCUGUAAAUGUGUAUGGUGUUUUUUCCUCCCAAUAAUCUAAACAUAAUUGUUAAACAAGCUGCCUAUACAGUAUAUGGUUGUUCAGUGACCUGGCGGACAAAGAUAUGAAAAUAUAAUUAAGUGGGAAUUAGAAAGUAAAUAUUGACAUGUAAAAACAAAUAGGUACCAUCAGGAACACUGCCUAUGACAUCACAGUGAUAUACUCUGAGCCUUCUAUUGUGCAGACUAUUAGAAUUCCAUCUAAUUAAUAAAAUUACGAGAAAAUGGUAUUUUUCUAAUAACAGUUUCUAAUAUAAGAUUUCAAUUUACCACCAUUCUCUUCUUAACUUGUUAAAAUACAAAUCU